UCUAGUUGGUCUUUGUUUUUGUUGAAAAUUUUUUCAAGAUCAAAAAUGAUAAAUAAUUUUUGAUAAUUCCAUCAGUAAAUGAUCAUUGAUCGAAGUGUUGAAAAUUUCGCUGGUGUAUUAGUCGAUUAUUGUUUCUUGUCUCAGAAAAUAUCACAGGAGGUCAUCAUCGUGUGUGCGAGAAGUCAGUCGUUUCAAGACCUGUGAGCAUGUUAGAUGACAAAUAACUUUGUAACUGUAGAUUAAAUAAUGGUCAAAUCCAAUCUUUCAAAUGCUGACAAAAAUGCGUUGACCAAUUCCGAAUUAGUAUUGUGCAGCUUACUUUCUGGUGCCAUUGCCGGAGCUUGUGCUAAAACAACUAUCGCGCCCUUGGAUAGGACAAAAAUUAGUUUUCAAAUUUCAACUGAAGAAUAUUCCGCUAAGAAAGCAUGGAGGUUCCUGAUAAAUACUUAUCAAAAAGAAGGUAUUAUAAAUUUAUGGAGAGGAAACAGCGCAACCAUGGCCAGAAUAAUACCUUACGCUGCUACUCAGUUUUCUGCUCACGAACAAUGGAAGAAAGUGUUGAAAGUUGACAGCGCUGAUAAAGCGGAAUCAAAAGUAAGAAGAUUUCUUGCCGGAUCUUUGGCUGGAGUUACCUCACAAACCUUGACUUAUCCAUUAGAUUUAGCUCGAGCUAGAAUGGCUGUUACUACUAAGAAUGAAUAUCAAAAUUUAAGACAGGUUUUCGUCAGUACGUGGCAAAAAGAAGGAUUAAAGGCGUUCUAUAAAGGCUACUUACCAACAAUGUUGGGUAUUAUACCUUAUGCAGGUACUAGCUUUUGUACUUAUGGAACUCUGAAAAAAAUCUACAAAGAUAAAAUGGGAUCAAACCCUACGACAGGAGCUAAUUUAAUAUUCGGUGCCAUAUCUGGAAUGCUCGGUCAAUCUACAUCUUACCCACUAGAUAUAGUUCGUCGAAGGAUGCAAACUUCCGCCAUUACAGGAUACGAGUGUACGUCAAUUAUAGGAACAUUUCGUAAAAUUUAUCAGGAAGAAGGGUUACGUAAAGGGUUUUUUAAAGGAUUAAGUAUGAAUUGGAUAAAGGGGCCAAUAUCGGUGGGAAUUAGUUUUGCCACUUACGAUUUUGUCAAAGAGACUUUAACUGUUUUAAUAAUCAAAACAAAAAUUAUUAGUUAGUUAUUUUAUCGAUGGUAGUUAUUCGAACCAGUCAAUUUGGAGAUUAUUUACGGAUAUUUUUAAUGUUUUGUUUACCAAAUUUAGAUAGUCGAAAUUCGCUUUCUUUGUACGUUAUUCGGACGCUUAUUUAUUAUUUUUUUUUUCCAACUAGCCGAAUAUUGAAAUUUACUUAUGAAGUUAUGAAUGUCUUUCAUAUACAACUUGUUUUUUUUUUCAUUCUGAAAAUGUUACCUUGCCAGAAUUUACGAUUCUUUAUGUCUGUGAUUGUUUCUGCCUCUGGUUAUAUCCCUUAGUUUGUGUUUACUUGUUAUAAUUUCGCUUAAUUUAGGUGUGGAAUGUAUUCAUUGUUUUUUAAAAAUUAUUUUAUAUAAAUUAUCUUUUGUUUGUUAUCGAGCUUUUGUAAAUUUUUUUACGAAUCAACGCAAAUAGUAUUACGACUUUUGUUUUGUGUUAGCUAAGCUUUAAAGCGAUGUAAAUAAUUAUUCUUUCGGAGAAGAAAAAAAGGUGAAACGGUUUUGAAAUACUUUUAUGGAAUUUUUUAUUUUUAUUAAGCUACCGAUUUCAUUUAUAAACGAAUUAUUGUUGAAAAUAAUCGAAAUAUUACCUAUUUGAGACAAAAUCCCGAAAAUUUUAAACCCUUGGAUAGGUGAAAUAGGUCUCUACAGUUCGGUUGUGCUCGUCUACUGUACCUACGCCAUUCCAUCGACGACGAUAAAAUAAACCCAGCUCCUAGUCAAAUAAUUAAGUAUUAUUAUCUACAUAUUGUGAUUUAAUUUAAGAAACGACCUCACAUUCUACCCUCCUUAAAAUUCAAUACCGCCCGUUUUAUGUCAUCGUUUAUGUGGUAAAAGUGCUAAAACGAAAACUGGCUCCGUUCAUAAAUACCACAUUUUUAUGAAAAUAAAAGUGUUCUUUAAACGAAUAACUGUAAUAAAUAUUUACUGAUAUAAAAGUACAUAAAUUUUGGGUACGUAUUAUGAUUCAUGUCUUCCGCAUAAACUGUGUAUAUUUUUGAAUAUAUUGUUACUCAUUUGGAA